CCUAUUUCAUUUACACAAUGCUACUAAUUUUUUUCGAACUGUGAACUGUUAAGUUACAGGUACUGAAACAGUUUAGAAUAGUUCAAAUGAACUAUUCGUUCAAGAUCUUAACAUCUCUAUUUAGUUAUUUUCUCCCAUCACUAUAAAAUGCCAUACGCUAAUCAACCGUCGGUGCACAUAUCUGAAUUAACUACUGAAUAUAUUAAAUUUCAAAUUGAAGAUACUGAUCUUAGUGUUGCCAAUAGUUUACGCAGAGUGUUCAUCGCGGAAACUCCAACAUUAGCUAUUGAUUGGGUACAGUUGGACUCAAAUUCCACAGUAUUAAGUGAUGAGUUUAUAGCAUCCCGCAUUGGUCUCAUACCAUUGACAUCAGAUGAAAUUGUUGACCGCCUCCAGUACUCUAGAGAUUGCACUUGUUCAGAUUUCUGUCAUGAUUGCAGUGUUGAAUUCAACCUAAAUGUUAAAUGUUCAGAAGAAAUGACCAGACAUGUGACAACUGCUGAUUUGGUGAGUAAUAAUCCACAUGUAGUAACUGUUACUUCUAGGAAUCAAGACAGUGAUAUUAAUGAAUAUGGUGAAAAAGAUGAUAUCCUUAUUGUGAAAUUGCGCAAAGGACAAGAAUUGAAAAUAAGAGCAUUUGCUAAAAAAGGAUUUGGAAAAGAGCAUGCUAAAUGGAACCCAACUACUGGUGUAAGUUUUGAAUAUGAUCCAGAUAAUACAAUAAGACAUACACUGUUUCCGAAACCAGAUGAAUGGCCAAAGAGUGAAUAUUCAGAACUGAAUGAAGAUCAGCAUGAAGGACAAUACAAUUGGAGAGCUAAGCCAAAUAAGUUUUUUUUUAAUGUUGAAAGCUGUGGAUCAUUAAAGCCUGAAAAUAUUGUCUUAAUGGGAGUUGCAGCUCUUAAAAAUAAACUGUCUAAUCUCCAAACACAAUUCACUCAAGAAAUGGAUGCAUUUGCUAUAAAUUAAUUUGUAUAUGCGUAUGUUUAUAUUUAAUGUUCAGUACAUUUUUUUAAGAAAUAAAAAUAUUCAG